UCUCCUUCCUAUUGUUAUCGACCUGAUACCCACAAACGUAAACAAUUAUUGCGACGUUGAGAAUAAAAAUCUACUUUAAAAUCUAAUUUAUGAUGGCUUCUGAUGGCGAGGACAUAACAACAACCCCUACAGAAUCCAUUGCGUCAGUUACAGACACUGAAGAUGAGGAGGCCAGCGCCCAUAUUCAAUCUGAUUUAGAAUCUGAGGUUGAGGAUCCAGAUGUGGAGGAAGUGCCUGCGUCGAGUGAGGAUGCGGAUAUGGAAGAAUUAAUGCGACAACUGGAAGAUUACACACCGACUAUUCCAGACGCCCUAACGAUGCAUACUUUGCGGACUGCUGGCUUUUCAACCGUGGAUCCUAAAAUUGUUCGCCUCAUCUCCGUGUCGGCCCAGAAGUUCAUUUCGGAUAUUGCUAAUGACGCCCUGCAACACUGCAAGACAAGAACAACAAAUAUACAGCAUUCCAGUGGUCAUAGUUCGAACAAGAAGAACCCCAAGGACCGAAAAUACACGCUAGCUAUGGAGGAUUUAGUGCCUGCCCUGGCCGAUCAUGGCAUCACCAUGCGCAAACCACAAUAUUUUGUUUAGAGACCUUUUAAGAAAGGAGAUUACAUCAACUGUCGGGUUUUGGAGGUUCAAAUACUUCGGACAGCCCUAACCACCAUUGGCGUAUCCAAUAUUUGGCAUUAAAUCACGUCCCAACACAUUGCUGCUCUUCACAUCCGCGCUUAUAUGGACAAGCUCUUGCAAGCUAUUGUUAUCGACGUCUUUUUAUUUCUGGACCGUUACAAAAAACGUUUGUUAACUACAUCAACGUUACGCAAAUCCUCGAAGCAUGCCAAAUAGUCCCUUGCGGUAUAGCCAUGAGCGCGUUCUAUUCAGCUUUUAUCUCCUCAAUCGACCCGAAAAGCGCUCCCCGGAGUCACAUGUAGCCAAGGAUCUAAGAACGAACAAAAUUGGAUGGCAAUUAUCUGUUCAACUAAAUCAGACACUAUAAAAAUCAAAGGAUGCAAUCUUUCUAGUUUUCUGAUAUUGAAAUUAAUAACAAAAAUGUAGAUUGAAAAUUCAUCUUUGUCUUUGCCCACAUUAGUAAAAAUUUAGUAAAAUAUAAUUUUGGAUUAUU